AUGUUGUAUUCUAACAAUUUGUUUAAGAAUCUAUUGCAAUCGACUAUGUUUAAUAUGAAUUUAUUUAUUCAUUUAGGCAACACAUUUGCAAUGGACUACACAGAUUAUAACGUUCUUGAAAAGAGUGAUCAAGAAGAAAGAAACACUGCAGCAAAGAGGCGGCGCUUUGAAACUUAUCAAUCCUAUUCAUCUCCGAGGGUGAAUUGGUCUCUUUCCAAUACACUGUCAUCCUCUUCCAAUGUUUCUUCGUCAGAAGACCUAGAGGUACAAUCAUCAGAUACAGAGACCUACACGGUGUCUACCUCAGGUUCCUCAGGGUAUCCAAACACCUCUGGGUCUGAGAGCAUGUCUGAGGACACUGAAAGAGGGAAUGCAAUAAAUACGUUUUCGCCUUUGCAAAACGGUUCCGUAUCGUUAGAAUUGGAAAAGGGCAACCUUUGGAAUAAAUUCUACAGACUAGGAACUGAAAUGAUUAUCAACAGAACAGGACGGAGAAUGUUUCCGUAUGUCGAGUUCACCUUGAAAGGCCUGGAUCCUGCGGGAUUGUAUGACAUAAUGUUUGAUAUAAUCCCAGCUGACACCAAUUAUUUUAAAUUUGUGGACAACAAAUGGGUAGCUAUUGGAGAAGCUGAACAAGAUUUUAAUAACAACUUUUUCAAGCAUCCAGAUUCUCCACAAAUUGGGUCGAAAUGGAUGGACAAAAUCAUAUCAUUCCAGAAUGUGAAACUUUCAAACCAACCUAGCUGUCAAUGUGGAAUCUUCACUCUCCGAACCCUUCAGAAGUAUUUAGUGAGAAUAUCUCUCAUCAAACACAAGACGGACAGAUUUUCUGUGCUUGAAAUUCCAAUUCCUGUAUCGACGUUUGUAGCAGUUACAGCAUACAACAAUAGGGAGGUCACAGAGCUGAAGAUCAAGAGCAAUCCAUAUUCCAAAGCCUUCCGGUACCCCAAAAGCAGAAUGAAAAAGUCUUCAGUUUCUCUUUCUGAUAAGAAGAUUAAUCAACAUCACAACAAAAGAAUCCCAACAUCAAGGAUGGAUGUGUUCACGGAAAGCUUUGAUGAUAUUCACCACAUACAACUUCCGCCACAAUCCACGGCCUUGCAACACGACAGACGGAGACCAAGUUUGUCAAUCUCCGAAAAAUCAGAAUUGAAGAACGAUCAAGGCAUUCAAACAGAACUGUCAAUGGCGGAUGGAAACUUAUGGUGCAUGUUACCAGUCUGUCCAAUUGUGAGGAAUCUUUUAAACAUGGCGACCUCUCCAUCAUGUCCUCGCGAUCGCAAUAUGAAUCCGGACAUCAACUCACUGAGGCAAUAUUUUGAGGCAUUGUAGCAGGUGGAAUCAUAUUCUGUAGAGAAGAGAAUUCCUUGCAACAAGGAUAUGUAUAUAUUUUAAAUCGAGAAUUGCUAAAGGAAAAUCAUGGUGAAGAAUAGAUUGCUAUUGUAUUGUUUUCAUGUUAAUUUUUCAUUGCAAUAAAUGUUGUCU